AGGGACGGGGCGAGGGCGUGGGCGGCUCUCACUCCUGUACUCUCCUCUCUUCCCUCCCUCUCGGUACCCCCGCCUCCGACCUUCGCCGGGAUCGCGUCUCGCACCGGCCCGUCCUCUGUGAAGUGGCGAGGGGGGCCCGGCCAUGGAGACCCUCGUGCGCCCCGGGGCCAGCAAGCCCCCCACCGGGAAAAGAAUGAAAGCUCGUGCUCCCCCUCCACCAAAUCAACCUCCUGCAGCAAGUAGAAUUCACAGUGAGCCCAAGUCACCUGCAGAGACAGCUGUAAUUGCUGAUCAGAACCUUGUGAGCAUGAAGGAGAACAUGAUAAACAGACUGGUGGACUUCACAGUUGUUUUACCCAGCGGGGUGGAGCAGAAGUGCACAGUGCAAGGAAGUAAAGCUGUGAUGGAUGUGUUGGUUGAUUUGUGCAGCCAGUAUCGCUUAAAUCCAUCCCAACAUAGUCUUGAAUUGAAGUCUUCAGGAGCUCAACAAGUUCUGAGUUACAAGCCGAACACUUUGAUAGGAGCACUGGAUGUACAGACAGUACUUCUGAAAGAGAAGAUUCCCGAAGAGAAGGCAAAGCGACCUCUGCCAAGAGUCCCUGAGAAAUCUGUGAGGCUGGURGUGAACUACCUGAAGACACAGAAGGCUGUGGUUCGAGUUAGUCCAGAAGUGCCUCUCCACAACAUCAUCCCAACUAUUUGUGAGAAGUGUGAAGUCAGUCAAGAGCACAUUGUUCUUCUGCGAGAUGGCAUCACUGGGGAAGAGCUGGAGCUUACCAAGUCCUUGGAGGAGCUAGGGAUUAAGGAGCUGUACGCCUGGGACAGGAAAAAAGAACCAAACCGAAAGGCUUCAGUAAGCAGUGAUGCAAUAGAGAAAGAAAAGACAAGACUUUUGGGAUUGUUUAAUGCUGAUAGAAGAAGCAGCAAGACAGAAGAAUACUUGGGGAUGAACAGAGAUUGUGGUGAGGAGGAUGUUUUUAGUUCUGCAUCUACAAGUGAAGGAAGCUUGGAUGGUUUUUCCACAGCACCAAAUUCCCCUUCGGCGAAUUCUCGUUCCAGUAGCCUGGGCUCAUCGCUGUCCCUUGGUAACAUCUCUGGAAUGACAGCAAACCCAGAAGUGAAAAAGCGCAGAGCACCUCCUCCACCAGUUGCGACACCGGUACUGCCGAACGCGGAGGUGAGGGGACAAGAAAGGACAGCAGCACAGAUAUCACAAGGAGCAUCCCUGAAUGAUUUAAGGAAAAAGAAGAGGCGUGCCCCUCUUCCACCAGCUGCAUCUGCUCCACCCACUCCCGCCAUGCCAAACAGGACAGAAGACAGGGAGGAGAAGAGGAAGAGCACAAUGGGUGAUGGACGCCAGGUGCCACAAAAGCCUCCCAGGGGCGCCACUCGUGGUGUCCCCCAGUUAGAGAUCCCCCCACCCCCACCUUACCCUCCUCCUGGCAGUGGCAUUGCGGAUCCAGCAGUGUGUUACAGAGAAGCAGAUGUUACAGCACCAACAGAGCUGGUACCUAAACAGAGCCCGCUGUCUGCACGUGAUAAUGUUUAUGUAGUGGAUGACACGGUUCUGGAGCUGUCAGAAGUGGAAGAAACGGCAUCAGAAAGCAGCUGCUUCGCAUCAGAGGACACCACGGAGGACUCGGGUGUCGUGAGCUCCCCGUCUGACAUUGUGUCUCUGGAUUCACAAAAUGACAGUGUGAAGCUGAGGGACAUCAAGCUGGUCAAUGGCUACACGGAGCCAGCUGAGGUGGACACGAUGUGCGGCGCGGAGACGAGCCCCRUGCGGAGCGCCUGCUGCGACGGCGCGGGACCCAACAGUGCUCCUCUGAGCAGGCAAGACAAAGCAAUGGCUUUGGCUAGGCAUGAGAAYGGAGAUACAUUCAUUGCAGCACGGCUCCAGCAGACUCUGGCUGACCUGGAUGAAGAUUUAGAAGCAGUGGAUGGUGUCAGUAACUCUGACUCUGACUACGCCAGUGAAGCCUUGARCCCACACAUACGGAAAGUCGAGGCUGCCCAAGAUGUUUCCAGUUCUGUUCCRGUGACAAUCAUCGAUGAUGCUCCGGAAGUCAGCACCUAUAACUCAGAUGACAACCAGGAGAUGGAGAUUAGGGUUUCACAGAAUAUCUCAGCUGGUUCUGUUAAYGCAGGAAACUUCACAAAUAGAAACAACAAUGCGGGUUCCUUUGAUAAGGGACACACAGAUGGUGGAGCUGUAUACAUAUCCAGGGACCUAAUAUAUCAGCAACCAUCUGAAAAUGAUUUCAGUCACUGGCCUGUGGAACAGAGGAGAGAUAUCUUUGAAUCUCUCACAUCCUCCUUUGAAAAAAGAAGUGAAAAGAACUUAAGACUGGAACUCUCUCCUAAACAUGGUAUGAAGUCUGAGGAAUGUAAAUCUAAACUGAGUCCAUCUCACUCCAGGGCCACAACUGAAAUCAGUACAGCAAAAGAGAAGCUAAGUCCAUUUAAUGAAUGUAGUAUCAGGGAAAGAUCUCUGAAAAAAAGUAAAUCAGAAUUAGAAAUCAAAUGGCCACCAGCAAAAAAAACGGAAGUAGAAGAAGUCCCAUCAACACCCAUGUGGUGUCAUCGUGCCCAGAAUUCAGGAUCAAGCUAUGAACCUAAAAUGGGUUUGACAACAUUUAAAGUUGUCCCUCCCAAACCUGAAGUAAGACAUUUUGAUAGAGGAGUUUCACUCUCCACUGGUGCCAUUAAGAUAGAUGAACUAGGCAAUCUUAUUGGCCCAAACACCAGUGUUAGUAAGCAUGUACAAGGGUCUUCUUCUGAUGAAAGUGCGGAAAUUCAUAUUGGGAGAGUGAAGGCGUUCUGGAGGUCGAGUUCUAUGGACAAGCAAAGUGAUGACUCUGCUGAGCAUUUUCCUAAAAAGUCAGGAGUCACCACAAACUCUAAGCCCUUUACUGUGAAACCCGAACACAAACCYGUCUCUCCUGCAGCCCCAAAACCUACAGCACCACAAACUGUUACUACCCAGGCAGCUGAAAGACARUCUGAGAACGAAAGGACCAAACCAACUCCWGCAGCUCCACAGUCUCAGGUAACACCAUCAGCAGCCCCAGCCAUUAAUAAGGACAAGCUGGAACUCCCGUUUGUAAAGCCACACAGGAGAACUUCAAGUCAGUAUGUCGCCUCUGCCAUUGCGAGACACAUCAAUGCAACCACCUUUAAAUCUGACACCGCCGAAUAUAAUGAGAAAGACGAAAACAAGCAAUGGGCGGGAGAAGUUAAGAAUGAAGCAGAAGUUUCACCGAAAAGAUGUAUUAUUGUGGCCAAAUACAGCCCUGUGGAAACAGAAUCAACAGAAACAAGAGAAACGUUUUCAAGUACUUUUGCUUGCAGUCAGAAAGCAUCCCACAGAUUUACACCUGGUGAUAAUUCUGGUGUGGAAAACAAAGUAGUUAAUAUCAGGGCACCAAAUCAAGCUCCUCUGAAUUUCUAUAAAAAGAAUGCCAGUGUCCCACUUACUAAAUCCUCUUCAAAGGAUAACAACAGUGCAGAAGAUGAUCAUGGUUUAAACAGCAAACAAAGUAUAGCAGAGAAAAAGUCACGUCUUGCGUUUGACCAGAAAUGCGAGACUGUGAGCCAUACUAACUCAGCCUCAUCCCUCAGGUCUCCUGAUCUCCAAGGAGCCCCAUCCUCUUUCAGCACAUCUUUGCGAGUCACUAAAUGGCCUCCUGUUAAUGGUGUACAAGUUAAUAGUUCACUUAAAGCUUCRCCUGAGCUAAAUGGUGCAGCAGCAAAUGCAGAGUCAGAACAGGAGGAGAAACCCGAUGAUUCGGAUACCAACACUGUCGGUGAACUGGAUGUUAAUGUGCAGACCAAUAUCUUCGGACCAAAGAAGAAGUUCAAGCCUGUCRUCCAAAAGCCGGUUCCAAAAGACACAUCAUUGCACAGUGCCCUAAUGGAAGCCAUUCAAACAGCAGGGGGAAAGGAGAAACUCAGAAAGGUUUCACACAGUGCACUAAAUGGCAAUCACAGGAAACCCUCAUACACUGAGCCAGAGAAUGAGCGUUCAGCCCUACUAGCAGCAAUUAGAGGCCACAAUGGCUCAAAGCUAAAAAAGACCUUCUCGCCGGCCUCUGAAGAGAUGCAGCGUUUUAGGGACACGGAACAGUCCUCGCAGAAGGCCAAUGGCUUUCAGGAAGAGCAGCAGUGUAUCCCACCUCCCCCUGCCCAGCCGCCACCACCACCCCCCACCCCGCUGCCAGCAGCAGCUCCCCGAUCCCCUGCAGCAGCCGCAGGGAACGCGGGCGACGCCAGGCAGGCGCUGAUGGAGGCCAUUCGCUCUGGUGCUGGAGCAGCAAAGUUAAGGAAGGUCCCUCUGCUCGUUUGAAUCAUGUAAAAAGAAUAGGUAACUGGAAAAUCUAACCCUGUAUGCACCCAUAAUCAUCAUUCAAAGUCUGAAGUGGCAAAAAACAUCAACAAGUUUAGUUUAUUCUCUUGACUACAAGCCAAAAUAAGUUGUAGUUAAUUUUCUGUGUGUUCCCGCAUAAUGGUUCUAAGGGGAAAAUACAUUGCUCUGCUGUAAAGCUUCUGUGCCAAGGAAUUGUGUUUUGCCUCUGAAUAUUUAAGGUUGCCAAUAAACUAUUCUUGUUGGCAGGUUAAUAAGAAUAUAAACACUGCACAGUCCUGUGUUAAUACUUAAUUGUGUUUAUGGGCAAAAUUAAAAACUUUGCUAGCUAUCUGAAAGUAAUACUCAUUUCAAGCUGUUAAAAAUACGUAACUAUUUCAAACUAUUUACUUGCUUCUUUUUUGAUUUCAAAAAGGGCUGUAAUUGAUUAGGGUGAAAACCAGAAWAAAGGUCUAUAAAAAACAAUCACAAGAAAAAAGUUAUGAUAGCUAAGUCGGCAUAUGCUGGGGUCAAUGGUUUUUAAAAUUGAGUUAACUUUGUAUCUCAGAUGGAGCUGUGAGAAAGCAGGCAAUCAAUAAUGAACGUGAGACAGUGUCUAUUGAAAAGUUACUUAUGGGAUAUGAUGUAUAGAAUGCUAAUGUGCAGAGACAUGCUGAACCCUGGUAACAUUCCUGGCACUUCAAAAGUAUUGGGCCACCUUAAAGGAUCUCUGUUUGCAGCAGGCUGUGAAGGUUGCAAGCAAGAUUCAGAGUCCUGCAUAGAGGUCCAAGAUGUAGAAUUCAUUCUGCACUGCGAAGCGAAGUGAAGCUGGUUUAUAUCAGUAACCAGGACUUUUGUGGUCUAUUGUUCAGGUCAUGCAUAGGUUGGCCCUUGGUUUCUAAUUCRUAUGGCUGUUGUAUGUUGUCUCACAAGUAUUUAUAGCAGCAUCUUUUUCAAAUGUUAACUACUUUGGUAGUUGUUGUUGUACAUAUUUUGAAAAUAUUUCGUUAAAUUGAUUAACUUAAAACAGACAAAUGAAAAUGCUUUUUCACAUUUCCUAUAUUGUAAUGAAACUGAAGAAGAGGAAGUUUGUACAUUUACAUUUUUAUAAUCACAGACUGGACUGGUGGCAGAUUCUUUUUUUUUUUUUUUUGAGCUGGAAUUUAAAAUGUAUAGCUAUGGACUGUUGAAAGCCCGAGAAUAUGUAGCCAUCUGCAUUUAAUGUGACUAUAUAUUAUAUAUUGUAAAAUAUUGAUGUCUGUUAGUGCCACGAAUAAAAACAAAAUCAAAACCUGACAUGACUGUAAAGGCUC